CAUCGUCUGAAACCCCUCAAUCGGCGUCUUCAUCCUCUAGCCGAGUACCAGAGCAUUAUAACAGUAGGUUGUUCAAACAAGUAUUAUCUCUGUCAAUUCUGUCCCCCUUUUCUCUUUCUCUGCGUCCGUUGUCUCUUUCAAAAUGUCCAGACCCUUACUAUCUCCUUUCCGUGCUCUCUCAAGACCUUCCCUCAUCAAAAGUGCUCUUCAACCAUUACCAUGGGCCAGGACUUUCUCUGUUUCCAGACCUACUCGUCUAAUGGAGACCUCCGGCUUUUCAGAGGAACAAUUGGAAGUUCGCGAAGCAAUUUCAAAAAUCUGCUCAAACUUCACAGAUGACUACUGGCUCGAACACGACCAACAAGAGAAAUAUCCUCACGAACUCCAUGCUGCCCUAGCAAAAGACGGCUGGAUAGGAAUCGCCCUGCCAGAAUCCCUCGGUGGAGCAGGUCUAGGCAUCUCAGAAGCAACCAUGAUGCUGCAAACAAUCUCCGAAUCUGGUGCUGGCAUGGCAGGAGCUCAAUCCAUACAUGCAAAUGUGUACGCUACACAGCCAGUGGCCAAAUUCGCAACCGAAGAACAACUCAAUCGUAUGCUUCCUAAACUCAUUAGUGGAGAAUGGCGAGCUUGCUUCGGCGUCACAGAACCAAACACUGGUCUAGAAACCCUGAAACUAAAAACUACUGCUCUCAAAGAUGGAGACCACUAUAACGUCACAGGACAAAAGAUCUGGAUUUCUUCUGCUCAGGUUGCGACCAAGAUGAUAUUGUUGGCUAGAACCACGCCUAUCGAACAAGUCACCAAAUCCUCCGAAGGCCUCUCCCUCUUCUUCAUCGACUUCGACAAAACCCAACCCGGUCUCGAGUUGAAGAAAAUUCGCAAAAUGGGUGGAAGAGCUGUGGAUGCGAACGAAGUCUUCUUUGACAACUACCGCAUCCCCGCCGACUCGCUCAUCGGCAAAGAAGGCCAAGGUUUCAAGAUCGUGCUGCACGGUAUGAAUGCAGAACGCUGCUUGUUAGCUGGAGAAGCGCUGGGCUUAGGGUAUGCAGCUCUGCGCAAGGCGUCACAGUAUGCCAAGGAGAGAGUCGUGUUCGGACGGCCCAUUGGUGUUAAUCAGGGCAUCCAACAUCCACUUGCGCAAGCGUAUAUGCACCUUGAAGCUGCUAAAUUAUCGACUUAUCAUGCAGCUAGACUCUACGAUGCUUCUGUUCAUGACAGCAGUAUUACACAACAUGCUAUUGGUCUGGCAUGUAAUACUGCAAAGUAUCUUGCUGCCGAAGCGGCGUUCACAGCUUGUGAGAGAGCAGUUCUGACGCUUGGUGGUAUGGGAUAUGCGGCUGAAUACCAUGUCGAGCGAUAUCUGAGAGAAUGUUUUGUUCCCAGAAUUGCACCGGUGAGCAGGGAGAUGAUUAUGAAUUACGUGGCAGAGAAGGCUCUGGGCCUCCCGAGAAGUUACUAGUACAACAAGAUUGUUGCAUCUUUCACACCUAAGCAUUGCGGAAUCUGUCCAGCUGCGAGUAUCUUGCGUUGAUUGACUGACUGUAGGAGUAUCCACUCAUGUAUGUAUUUCUCCUGAAUUCC